AUGUACGUGAGCUACCUGCAGCUGGACAAGGACCCCCCCAUGUACCAGCAAAACCCCGUCGGCAGCAGACACCCGGGCCUCGGCCUCAGCCCGCAGAAUUUCCAGAUGGGUGGGCCGGCCCAGUACACGGACUACGCCAGCUACCAUUCGCACCACGCGCACGGCCUCGGCGCGGACGCCCAUCAGGGCGCGGGCGGCGGCGGCGGCGGAGGCGGAGGUGGCGGCGGCGGCGGCUGGAGCCCGGUUUACCCUCCGCCGCCGCCGCCGCCGCCGCCUCCCCAUCCUCACCCGACUCAGCCCGCCCGAGACGACUGGGCCGCGCACCACUACGCCGCGGCCGCCGCUCACGCCGCCGCCGCCGCCGCGGCAGCAGCCGCCGCCGGGUCUCCGGGCUGCUCCGGUUUCGGGCCUUCUCCUACGGAGUUCGGCCAGGCGCCGCCGCUUCUGGCCGCCCCGCUCAACGCGGCCGCCGGGCAAGGCUCGGCCGGCUCCCCGCAAAGAAGGAGCGCCUACGACUGGAUUCGACGCGCGUCCACGCCGCUCGCCAAUCCCAAUGGGAAGACACGCACAAAGGACAAGUACCGGGUGGUUUACACGGACCACCAGCGUCUAGAACUGGAGAAGGAGUUCCACUACAGCAAGUAUAUCACCAUCCGCAGAAAGGCAGAGCUGGCCGGGGCCCUCAGCCUAUCGGAGCGCCAGGUGAAGAUCUGGUUCCAGAACCGGCGCGCAAAAGAACGCAAGAUCAGCAAGAAGAAACAACAGCAGCCCGCCUCGUCCUCGUCCGGCAGCGUCCCCAUGGUGACCAGCAGCAGCGGCGGCGGUGGCCUGGUCUCGCCUUCCUCGAUGCCCGUCAGCAUCAAGGAGGAGUUUUGAGGCCGACCUCUGACCGCCGUGGGCUCGUAUCGACGGACAGACAAAAAUGCCCGCGGGACGCUGAAAAAAAAAAAACAAUGACUGUUAGCCAAAUGUGCAACAAGUGUUGCAUUUAACUACAUUAGCAUGCUAAUACCACCCUAAUGCAGACUAGCUCUUGAAAAAAAAUGGGACCAGAGGUUCAUAACACCUCAACUCAACUUUACAACAUGCUGAUCCUAAUUUCCUUCCACUGUGGUAACUGAUUAGCUACAUUAGCAUGCCGGUGACAUCACCAUGUGAAACUGUAAGUUGGUGCGUUGAUGCGAUUUGACUUAAUACACGAGGACAAACUAUAGGGUUUUUGACGACGACUAGUGUUAGCCAUCGUUAGCAGGUCGACGCUGUUCAUCCGCGGACCGGACGUUAGCACCAUUAGCAUGCUACUGGUUUGACUGUGGCUAUCAGUCGGCUACAUUGGCGUACGGCCACUACUCGACAACGGAGCUAGCUCGACGUUUUGGAAGCACUUAUUUUAGGAGUGUCUGCCCCCACGCGCCACUUUUGUUUAUCUUUUAUUUUUAUGCUAAUCUUGUAAAAUCAUUUUGAUUGUCUUCAGUUUGUUUGUAUCGAUGGUCAAGAAAAACAUUG